AUAAGAUGAUUUGGAAUCAACAAAAUUUCUCCCUCUCACUAUCUUUGUUCUCUUGACAAUAAGGGGAUAGUAUAUUAUUUAUGGUGCGGAAGAGAUCAAUUCCAUAGAGGAGUUGCCGGAGGCCAUAGCAGCAACUCCGUCCAGCUUCGCCUCUGACCGGUCAUUCAGGGACGGCCAUGGAAGCUGGCAGUUUCAUGGUUUGAGGCAGUCCAAUAACAUAUUCACCAUUACCGUUGCGCUCUGCUUCUUCUUCCUUCAAUUUGGGAAAAAGGGGAAGGGCUUGGGACUUCAUCUUCCCAAACAUUGCGUUAAACUUUAACAACUGGAGCAAGGGGAUCUGAGGGGCUUGGUUUCAUCAAAAGACACCGCCAAUGCUUUGGUAGUUUAUCGGAAAUGGUUAAUUUAGUUUUAGUAAUGGUGGAAAUUUUGAAUUUCCAACUUUUUUAGAAAAAAUAUCCCAAAGUAGCUUCAGUUUCUUCUCCCUUUGCAAAAGCAGGGUGAAGCGAGCUUUGGACACUCUUUAAAAGGGACCCAUUUGUGGGUUGAUCCAUAAAUUAACAAGAUUAACUGAAAAUCAUUCACUUCACAUAGUUGAGUGAUACUUGGGGUUUUGGGAAUCUGCAAUGGCUGCCACUUUCUGUCCAUCUCCUUUGGUUGUAGCCACUCCUGAAUCCAUAACUCGCAGUAAUCAAACUGAAGCCAAAUCAGUGCCGGAGGACUGUCAUGGAAUUGGGUCAUUUAGAUUUUGCAAAAAGAUGAAUGAACUAAAACAGUUACACGGCCAGGUUAUGAAGAAAGGCCUUAUCCACGACACCUCUACUUUAAGCAAUCUAAUAGCUGCGUGCACUGAGAUGGCGUCAUACGAAAGUUCGGAUUAUGCGAGAAAAGCCUUAGAGCUGUUCAUGGAAGAUCAAGAAACUAUAGGCACUGUCUAUUUGUGGAAUUCUUUGAUUAGAUGUUACUCUUUUGCUGGUCAUGGUGAGGAAGCAGUUUUGACAUACCUUCAAAUGUUGGCCAAAGGCGUUACACCUGAUCACUUCACCUUUCCAUUUCUGUUGAGUGCAUGUUCGAAGAUUGCUGCCUUUCGUGAAGGGUCUCAAAUUCACGGGUCAGUCAUCAAGAGGGCUUUAGAUGAAGAUGUUUUCAUAGAGAAUUCUCUUAUACAUUUCUACUUUGAGUGUGAGGAAAUUGCUUAUGGGAGAAAAGUGUUCGAUAGAAUGCGCGAUAAAAAUGUUGUAUCAUGGACUAGCCUCAUAUGUGGUUAUGCUCGUAGGGGCCUUCCAUCAGAGGCAGUGUCUCUGUUCUUUAACAUGGUGGCAACAGGCUUUAGACCUAAUUCAGUUACAAUGGUGUGUGUGAUAUCUGCUUGUGCAAAGUUGCAAGAUCUUAAUCUGGCUGAGAGGGCAUGCACUUAUAUUGGGGAGUCAGAACUCAAGACUAAUACACUUAUGGUGAAUGCACUCGUGGACAUGUACAUGAAAUGUGGAGCCACUGAUGCUGCUACAAGACUUUUUGAUGAUUAUGUUAAUAGAAAUUUGGUUCUUUACAAUACAAUCUUGUCCAAUUUUGUGCGCCAGGGGCUGGCAAGAAGGGCACUUGAUAUUUUGGAUGAAAUGUUGCGACAGGGCCCACAGCCUGAUAGGGUUACAAUUUUAUCUGCUAUCUCUGCUUCUGCGCAAUUGGGUGAUUUUUCCUUUGGGAAGUGCUGCCAUGGUUAUGUUUUAAGGAAUGGGCUAGAAGCAUGGGAUAGCAUUUGUAAUGCCAUUAUUGACAUGUAUAUGAAGUGUGGCAAACAAGAGAUUGCCUGUAGAGUUUUUGAUCAUAUGUCAAACAAGACUGUGGUCUCAUGGAACUCAUUAGUUGCUGGAUUUAUCAGAAAUGGUGAUGUUCAGUCAGCUCAGGAAACAUUCAAUGAGAUGCCAGAAAAUGAUAUUGUGUCUUGGAACACCAUUAUUGGUGCUUUGGUACAGGAGAGCUUGUUUGAGGAAGCAAUUGAAUUUUUUAGAGCAAUGCUCAGUAAAGGAAUGAAGCCGGAUAGGGUGACAAUGGUUGGUGUUGCUUCAGCCUGUGGAUAUUUGGGAGCUUUUGAGCUAGCAAAGUGGACCUAUGCUUACAUUGAAAGGAAUGAAAUCCAUUGUGACAUGCUGCUUGGCACCGCCUUAGUUGAUAUGUUUGCUAGGUGUGGUGAUACGAAAAGUGCGAUGCGAAUAUUUGAUAAAAUGUUGAAAAGAGAUGUAUCUGCUUGGACGACAGCCAUUGGAGCAAUGGCCAUGGAGGGAAAUGGGGAACGAGCAAUAGAACUUUUUAAUGAGAUGCUCAAGCAAGGGGUAAAACCUGAUGGAGUAGUGUUUGUGGGACUGCUGACAGCAUGCAGCCAUUGCGGAUUAGUGGAAGAAGGCAUGCAUUUCUUCAAAUCAAUGAAAGAAAUACAUGGAAUUCCCUCACAAAUUGUUCAUUAUGGGUGCAUGGUUGAUUUACUUGGCCGAGCUGGCCUAAUAGAAGAAGCUCUUAAUCUCAUAAAGGGCAUGCCUAUGGAGGCCAAUGAUGUGAUUUGGGGGACUCUUUUAGCUGCUUGUCAGACGCACAAAAGUUUUGAAAUUGCAAAAUAUGCAGCUGAAAGGAUGAAAAAAUUGGGUCAUGAGAGGACAGGGAUCCAAGUACUGCUUUCAAAUAUAUAUGCUUCUGCUGGCAAGUGGACUGAUGUUGCCUCAGUGAGGCUACACAUGAAGAAAAAAGGAGUUCGGAAAGUGCCUGGAUCGAGCUCAAUUGAGAUUAAUGGAAUGGUUCAUGAAUUUACUUCUGGUGAUGAAUCACAUCCAGAUAUGGCCCAUAUUGCUCCAAUGUUACAUGAAAUGAACUGCAGAUUUAAGGAUGCUGGUUAUGCUCCUGAUCUGAUGAAUGUUUUGCUUGAUGUUGAUGAGCAAGAAAAAGAGUACUUGCUUAGUCGACAUAGUGAGAAACUUGCUGUAGCUUUUGGGCUUAUCAGCACGGCUAAAGGAAUGCCAAUCCGCGUAGUAAAGAAUCUAAGGAUGUGCUCUGAUUGUCACUCAUUUGCAAAGUUGGCAUCAAAGAUUUAUGAUCGAGAAAUUGUUGUUAGAGAUAACAACCGGUUCCACUUUUUUCGACAAGGGUUGUGUUCUUGUGGGGAUUAUUGGUGAUUUGAAAAAAAAAUAAAAAAUUAUGUAUCUCCUAUACACCAUGUACAUUUUCCCAACUACUGCGACCUUGUACAAGCAGUUCCACUUUUUCCGACAAGGUUUUGUGCUCUUGUGGUGAUUAUUGGUGAUUUGAAAGAAAUAAUCAUGCAUCUCCAUAUGCCAAGUACAUUUACUAAAUUCAUUUAUCCUGUCAACUAA